AUGAGAGGAGAGAAAAAUUCAGUAGAAAGUGGGCUCAUUCUCUGUUUGCCUGGGAAGGACAAAGAAACAAACGGGAUAUAUAGUAGUCAUUGGAGACAAGGCAGAAACAUCGACAACGAAGGAUCGUGGGCGUACCAAUGUAAACGUACAGAUGGCUGCUUGACCUUCCUCUCCACAUUCGCCCUCCUCGCUGCAUCCCCGGUUGCCACGGUCGAAGGAUCCAACGCUGCGCGUGGUCUUCCCUGGGUGGAUAACAUUGUUAGCGAGGUUAGUGGAGGAUUACCUUCGAUGAUGAAGGGUACGUGGGAUACGUGA